AUGAAGUUCCUCAUCAUCCUGGCCCUGGUCGUGGCCGCCUCCGCUUUUCCAGAGCCAAAGCUCCCCCAACGCAGCCGCGAGAUGCCCGUGGUUGGCAGCAUCGAGGGCGAGGGCCGGAUCAUCAAUGGAAGUGACGCCUCCGUCGGCCAGUUCCCAUACCAAGUGGGACUUCUCCUAGAUUUUAGUACUUGGUGCGGUGGCUCUCUCAUUAGUAACAAAUGGGUGAUAAGUGCUGCCCAUUGUACACAGGGAGUUCUAUUCGCGAUCGUCUACCUGGGUGCCACCGAGCGUACCUCCCCCGAAGCAAUCCGCUUCGUCACUUCGUUUAGCAUCAUUAACCAUCCCGACUAUAACGCCGGAAACUUCGGUAGCGACAUCUCCCUGAUCAAGAUCCCCGCCGUUACCUACAGCAGCAGGAUCAAGGCCAUUAACCUCCCAUCCAUCGCCCCCACCUACCCGACCUAUGAAGGUGAUAUCGCUAUCGCCUCCGGAUGGGGCCAAAAACUUGAGGCAGAUGAGGCUGUGAGACUGCAAUUCAUGAAAACGGUUGUUAUGAGCAACGAACAGUGUGCCGCCGCCUACGGAUUCCCGGUCGUGCCCCCUGGAUAUUUUUGCGCCAACACCAGUAACGGUGAGUCCACCUGCUCUGGUGACUCCGGUGGUCCUCUGGCUCUGGAGUCCUCCAAUACUCUGAUCGGUGUUACAUCCUUCGUCUCAACAAAUGGUUGCAAGUCCGGUUACCCCGCUGGCUUCACUCGUGUUACCAGCUUCUUAAAAUGGAUCACGGAAACCACCGGCAUAAAAACAAAUCCGUUUUAA